AUGCAGCAGCAGCGACGCGGAACUCACUUCUGCGACGGACGCGGAGAAGCCAAGGCCAGUAAAAACGACGUCGUGUCGUCUGCUGUCAGCACUGCCGUCGUCAUCGACACCGACACGGAUUCCCCGGCCACCAACGCCGCCGCGGCAGCAGAAGUGGCGGCCAUUGUCCUCGAGUCGCCCAAGGUGCAGAACAUUGACACUUCGAGGCCCAGCAUCAGCAAUCAUAUUCACGAAAGCCACAACAAUAAUAAUAAACCCAGGCCGUUCACGUGCACUCACUCACUGCCGACUACGAAAACGCCGCCUUCGUCCAGUGUCGUCCCGCCGCCGCCGAGUAGCAAGCGACACGCGUGUCGAAAGGCGCCUUCUGAAGCAUUCGAAAACUACGUCGACGGAAGCAUCGAAAAGGAUUAUCCGGAACUGGCGCCGAAACGUCACCGACACCACCAUCAUCGACAUCAUCAUCAUCACCAUCAUCAUCAUCAUCCUCAAAAUCAGCAAAACAAUCGACAGAAACGCGGAGGGAUUUUUGGCAAAUGCGAGUCGACAGUGACGACUUCCAAGCAGCCCGAUAAACUCCUCCAGCGUUGGACAGAGAAGCUUUCUUUGAGCAAAAAUGGCAGCAAUAAGUCCUGCAGUGACAUUUUGCUCACUGGCAGUCCGUCGAUGCAAUUUGCUGACGACGCAGAGCUCGACAGACUCGACACCACUACAACCACUGGGACAACGACGACAACUAGUCGCAGUGAAGAAUCCGAUGACGUCUGCGAAGAAGAAGACGACGAAGACGAUGACGAGGAUGUCGACGACGAAGAAGGUGCGACUACUUCCGGCGUGCGAGGAUCAACGACGAGUUCUUUCCUGAAUUUCUCCAGCAUCAGUUCCGAAUUGCUGGCGAACAACGACGACGACGGCAAUGCGUUGCUCAUUGCGGAAUUCCUGCCGAGAAUCUCAGUGUUGCCACCGACGCCUCAGGCUUUCAGCCCGGACUCAUGGAACGACGUCAGCGAUUUGCACGUCGGUGACGGGGUGGAAGACGACCUCGUCACUGCCAUCGACGAAGAAGAGUUCCGAGGAGCAGCCUCGUCAUCCGGCAGCAACGAUUUGAAUCGACGCUCAGCUGACGACACCUGCUGCGUCGACGGAUACGUCAUCGCGAGAUUCUCGACACUCGCUGACCUGCACACCUCGGAAACUGAGCAAUUGUGCAAAACUGAGCCCGGUAUGCGACACUCGACGUCUGGGGAACUGCAAACAUUGACAGCUGUGAGGUUCCUCAGCAACCGAGUCCUGCUCACGAAACGCUCCAUGUCCUUGGACACGUUUCACAUCGUGAGCAAAAAAUGGCCGGGGACAACGUCGACAGCAGCGACAUCUAAUGGAGACGACGAAGAACUUCGUAAUGAUGGCGAGAAAAAGCGAAAGAAUAAUUUCCACGCGGAAUUUUUGAGAAGUGCUUGUGGUACGAAGCACACUUUGUCGCGAUGGCUGGAAGGCAAACUGCCUUCGGGAUUUCCGCGAACGAAUUCGCAUUUUCAGCGCAAUUCUGCGAAGCAUUACCUGUCUCCGGAUACGUGCAAAUAUAUGGCGAAUCCUGCCAAGAAAAACGGCGAUAAUAACCUGGACGAGACGAAAGACGAGGGUGGCAUCAAAAGCAAUACUGCUGUUGACAAAGACGAAUUUGACGGGAAAACGGAUAUCAACGAUUUGACUGCUCAAGCCAGUGAGAUGAAAGGAUCAGAGAACAAGACUGCAGUGGUUCAGCAAACGCCGAAGAUUCACAAGAAGAAAGGAUUUGUGUCUUUCUUCUGGCAUCGAGAUUCCAAGAAAAGUGCUUCCAACAAACAAACGAAUCCCAAGGAAGACUCCGGGGCCUUGUAUGAAUAUGCUUCAGAGCCACGCUUGAGAAUAAGGAAACUGAUGACCAAGGAAUUUAUUUCCGCAGACUCUGGCUCAUUGUGA